CCUCAGCUACCCAAGAACAGAGAAAGCAAGAAAGCUCUGGAGAGCUACCAGGCAUCAGCGAAGGGAGCCAGACCGGAUCCAGGGAUCAGAGCUGAAGAUGUUAAAGGUUUUGAGAAUCGUCCUCUUCUGUAGCCUGCUGCCCCUAUCUCAGGGAGUGGUCCCUGGAGUCUUUUCUGUAGUCAGUCCAGAGGGAAUUCAAAAUGUUGUCUCAGGUGCAUUGCUUCAGGAUGGGCUUCUCCAAAAGCAUCUCCAGGCGAUACAGAUCCCUGACAUCGUGAGCGGAGGGGGCCUGCUCGGUUCAUUCAUCAGCAUCACAGGACUAGAAGUUGUUAACGUCCAGCUGCCCACGGUGUCGGUGACGCUGCUGCCUGGAAUUGGGGGCCAGCUGACCUUUGCUACGAAGCUGGAGAUCAAUGGCGACUUGUUGCUAUCUGGGCUGAUCCAUAUUUCAGUGGACGUGAACCUUAACGCAAAAGUCAGGGUGACCGACUAUUCAGCAGGUGUCUCCCAAGUUGUAAUUGAAGACUGCCAGUCCCUGCUUGGUCCCUUUGACAUCCGGCUCCUCUCAGGUUUGCUGCCAAUAUCAGUGAAUGGAUUAGUGUCUAGCACCCUUACGACAACUCUGCCUAGCCUGUUGUGUCCAGUAGUCAACAACAUCGUCACGCUCGUGAACGUGCAGCUGCUGGGCACCCUGAAUGCGCUGGUCCCACUUGGUGCCGUAGGAAAGAUCCAGUAUCAGUUAGCCAGCCUUCCACUGAUAACUGACCUGCAUGUCGGACUGGAUUUAAAUACCGUGAUCCAUCAGGUGGGAGGAGGCAACAUCUCCCUCCCUGGCAGCGCCGUCCCCGUGGCCCUGCCUGCCCUGCAGGGCAAUGUUCUGAAUCUGGGGCUGAGCCAGGCUUUCCUCAAUGCCGCGCUGUCCCUCCUCGUCCAGAUCCAGCCACAGACGUUUAUUUCUACAUUGGACGUGUUCUCUGGUGCCACCCAGCUGAUGGACGCCAUUGUGGCUCUGAUUCCUGCUGGGUGUCCCAACUGCUCUGUGGUAUCUCCUCUGAACAUUAAAAUAACAGCGCUUGGGCCCCCACUCAUCACUCUGGAAGCAAACAAAGCCACUGUCAAGCUCUCUGUCACGAUUCAGGUGUUCACGAAAUAUUCGGAUGGAACCAUCCAGACGCUCCUUGCCCUGAAGGCGGACCUUGUUUUAGAUGCCCAGGCCUCUGUUGCUGGAGACAAGCUGCUGCUCAGCGUAUCCCUGACCAGUGUGGAUCUAGUCUUGGAAUCUUCAGACGUCGGCAUCGUUAGCGUCUCUGGUCUCGGGACGUUGAUCAAUAAACUUUUGGUGGAAACUUUUGUGCCGCUCAUCAAUGAGGCUCUGGCUGUCGGACUCCCACUGCCGAACGUGCUGGGCAUUAAGCUGAUUAAUGCUGUUCAGAUUGUGGAGGGCCUGGUUGUGGUGCGUGUGUGAGCCUGGAAAGCCCAAAGCAGGCCGAGGUCUUUGUGGUGACAGCGCUGACAGCAGAAAGAGAGCCAGAAAGACCCACAAGAAUGAAACGUCUAGACUGAUAUCAUCCUAUUUCUUUUUCUAGCUUGAUUCAAGACUGAGUCAGAUUUUCAGGUAGUUUAGGCCUAAUUUUCACGUGUAAGUACUAGGAUUGCACAGUCAAACGCCAGCUAAGAACAGUGCACGCCAAUAACGAGAUGAAUUAGCAGCGUUUGUGUACUGCAGGUGAGGUUAGGUAUGUAGCUGAAUGGCUAAACUCUCUGAAAACCUGGUCCCUGGUGGGAUAGUAUCCCAGCUGAUUCUGAGUUUUACAUGGGAAACACAGUAGAUUUAGUAUAAUGAACAAGUGAUGGUUAAGUAAAUUUCACUGUCUCAGGGUCAGGAGAGUUUCCUGUGCCAAGCAGUGGAUUAUGGGUAGG